AUGGCCGAUCCGAUCGGCAUCGCUUCCGGCAUUGCGGGCCUCGUUACGCUGGCCUGGCAGAUUGUCAACCUGAGCCACAGCUACAUAUCUGAUGUCAAGUCUGCCGAUCGAUCACGCAGACGCUUUGAACAGGAGCUUCUGGCGUUGACGAGCAUCCUGCUGCAAGCUGAGGAGGUGUCUCAGGAUGCCGAGUCUCUCGGUUUGGUGGCACAUCGGCCGGCCGCCCUCUCUGCCAAUGUCGUGUCCGAGUCCCACGUGCAGCUGCUCGAGCUCCGCUCCGAGCUGCAAAAACACUCAUCCAAGCUGAUUUGGCCUUUCAGAGAAAAGGAAAUGCGGAAACAUGUCGAUGCUCUGCAGAGAAUUAGCGCCAUCUUCACGGCCUUCCUGACCUCCAACGUGCUGACUACGACUACUGCUACGCACCGUAAAGUUGAGGAUUUGAAUCAAGAGAAAGAUCGAGAAACGCUGAGAACAUGGCUGCAAAGCCAAACGACUGCUUCUCAGUCCAUUCCAUUCCCACACCCUGGAACCGCCGGUGUUGGAAAGUCACUACUUGCGUCGCACGUCAUUCGAGAUCUUUCUGAGGAUCACUCUGCCUGCAUCACCUACUUCUUUUGCGAUUUUUCCUCUCAAAAGCAGCAAAGCACCACCGCCAUACUCAGAAAUAUCUUGCUCCAAGCAGCGGAGCAGGCUGACUCCUCUAUGCUGGCUGCGUUGAAUGAGAAACGCCAAAGCGUAGGCCGGAACUUCGCCGUGGAAAAUCUCGCACAAGCCUUCCUCUCGGCAGCUUUAACCCAGAAAGACAUCUUUCUGGUCUUGGACGCUCCCGAUGAACUCGAAUCCCCCAAAGAGGUUGUCUCUCUUCUUCAGUCUUUUGUCAAAGCCGGCUGCAAGGUCUGUGUGACAAGCAGAGACAUCCCAGAAAUUCGUGGACCGCUUUCAACGGACAAGCAGGUCAACAUCAAAAGCGCGAGCCGGGAGGAUUUGGCGACGUAUAUCAAAGCUCGAUUUGCCGAGAGUGACUUUUGCGAUGCUUUGGCUGCCAUCGAUGACAUUGUUGAUGCAGUCAUCCUCAAGGCCGACGGGAUAUUUCUGCUCGCAAAACUGUUUCUGGAUCAACUGCUCGAGUUAAGCACCUUGAGGAAGAUUCGAAAGACAGUAAAGUCACUUCCUGAAUCCGUAAAAGAGGCCUUCCAGACUAGUCUCGAAAGAAUCGACGCCCAGCCAAAAGACAGGAGGGGAUUGGCCCACCGGCUCAUUCGCUGGAUCACACACUCCCACCGACGAUUGAAGGCGAACGAAAUUAUGCAUGCCUUCGCAGUUGAGGAGGACGAAAUGGGUGAUGAUAUCGACGAAGAAAAUUGCCCGCCUUUGACGAUGCUCCUGAAGGUGUGUGUCGGAUUGGUUGCCGAAAAUCCUAAAGACGGGACCAUCGGCAUGGUUCACACCUCAGCGUACGAGUUCUUCCGCAGCCACUACAGCACCGAAUACACAUCCAUCCAGAUGGACAUUGCAAAGACGUCAUUGCUUUACCUCAGCAGCCGAGAGAUGAUGGCCGGGCCAUGCGAGAGCCUGGAAGAGCUUGAUAAUCGACUGAGGAAACUACCUUUCCUCCCAUACGCUGCCCGACACUGGGGCAGGCAUAUCGAGACUGCAAAUUUUGAAGAGCAACUGAGCAGCUUAAUCAUGUCCCUCGUAGAUGACGAGGCCUUGCGCAGCAGCUCUUUCCAGAUCCUGCAGUACCGCCACGAAUUGAAAAGCCGGAGCGUCGCCGAGGCUUCGUUCCAGUUGACGCCUCGAAACCAGCAACCUUUGCACAUUGCAGCUUACUGGGAUCUGGAGAAAACAGCACUCGCCUUGCUUGCACGCGGAGACGAUCCAUCUGCUGCUGAUUCCCAGAAGUGGACUCCACUCCAUUGGGCUUCCUCCAACAGCAACAUGGCUGUUACCAAAGUCUUGAUUGAUGGUGGAGCAGACCUUAACGCAAGAGACUCUCAAGGUUGGACCCCGCUUUUCUGGACGGCAUUCAACGGUGAUGCUGGAGUUCUACGGCAACUGUUGGAGAGCGGAGCAAACCAUCUUGUGCGCGAUAUCAGCGGGUGGACGACGCUAAAGUAUGCCAUUUCGAGGCGGCAUUUCAACAUAGUCCAACCCCUGAUAGAGCAUUACAAGAGCUGUCUUGCGCAAGCGAAGCAGGAUUCGGAAAACCUCAACAACGAAUUGAGUUUCGAACAAGAACGUGAGUAUGUUCAAGCCUCAAUUGAAAUAGCCGCGGACGUGAAGCGUGCUGGUGUUCCGAGCCUCCUCUCCAAACCUGACAUGGCCCUCGAGGACUACGACAAGCUUUGGUCUCUUGGCCACUUCGACCGAACCCUGAACAAUAUCUGGAGACUAGCGGAUAAGGCAGAGAGAGUCAAUGGCGCAGCUUCUUAUCUCAAACAUUACUCGUGGCAGCCAUCACCGUCUGCAGACAACUGGAAAUCUCGACUUCUGCACGUUGCCAUCAAGGCGGCGCAACCACUGGUAUUGAAACUUUUGAUAGAGCUUGGGGCAGACGUAAACUUUCCGGUGGGCUGUAGGACUCCUUUGCAUACAGCAGCAUUCAGGAAAGACCCUCAGUUCGCCGAGAUCCUUUUGCAACACGGAGCUGACACGUCGCUACGAAACCAUCUUGGUCACACGGCACUCCAUUCAGCUGUGAUUAACGGGUUCUAUGACACGGCGGCUAUGCUAUUGGAGUGGAAUGCUGAUCCAGAUGCAAAGACAAAGUCGAAACCGUCAGAUAGGUGGGACGACUGGUCCGACGACGAGGAGCUCCCUGAAGAGAAAGGCGUCCAAAGAACCCCGCUGAUGCUGGCGUGUGGCCUCAAAUUCUCGGAAGAGGAUGCUAAAGACCAAUCGCCUGCUUCUCGUAUGGUUGAGCUACUACUGGCAAGCCAUGCCGAUGUCAAUUUGAAGGAUCACGGUGGUAAAACGUGCUUGUUCUAUGCCAUCAGGAGUCGUCGCCCAGAAAUUGUCAAACAAAUGAUUGAUGCUGGUGCGCAGAUGCAAGCGAAAGACAGACGCGGAAGAAAUGCGUUACACUACGCUGUCAGAUAUAGCAAUCUCGAGGUGGUCAAGAUGGUGGUGGAUGCCGGUGGGGACGCUACUAUCGACAAACAAGGGGCAAAUGCGUUCCACCACUUUGCUGACAGGGACCGCAAUGAGCUCAAGACAGAAGAAAUCGAAGCGAUGAUUGAUUUGCUGACAGAAAAGUAUGGUCCGGGUGCCAUGAGCGCAGAUUGGACUGCGCCACCGGGUCAACAAAUGAGGACCAGGCCAAAUGAGACCACCUACACUUCUAUCGAAUACGUCUUCACGCCUCUCGCUCUAGCCUUGAAAGCCGCAGACUGGAGGACCUUCGCACUGCUUGAGGCUCGAGGCGCUACUUUUAACACAACCUACCCGCUUGACCACUUGCUCUUCUUGGCUGUCUUUGAGCUGCAACCGAGGGUGACACGAUUCCUCCUUGACCGCGGUGCCUGGCUCUCGCCGGAAACAUACUCGAUUGGCUAUAUCUUCGAUAGCGACAGGCUUUCUGAAUCUCCAGACGAUCUUGCGCUCAUUUUGAACGAGCUCCCAAGGCUUAAAGUGGACAUCAACGCUGAAGAUGAAUAUUACAAGCGAACAAUGCUUCUUAGCAUAGUCCAACGUGUCGACUCUGAACAGAUCACACAAUCAUUCCUUGAUGCGGGAGCCGAUCCAUUCAAGACGGAUACAGUUGGACUCGACGCAUUCCUCCAUGCCGUCAUCAACGGACGGAGCAAAACGCUCCACUGUCUUCUUCAGUACGCCGAUUCCCACAAACGAGAUGGCCACUGGACAGCACAUCUCAGUCCACCCGCCUCUACAGACAUGUCCGAAGACUUCGAAAGGGUAUGCUCCGCGCUGGAGUGUCACGGCAGCUUGAACGAAGUAAAGGGCGACCUCCCCCUACUCCACCACUUCGUCCAACGCAACGACCUGGACAAGGUGCAGCGGCUGCUCGCCCACGGCGCAGACACGGAGAUCCCCGACAAGCGCGGGUGGCGGCCGCUCCACUUCGCCUUCGACCGCGGCGGCGGCCACAAUAUCGACGUGGCCCGGACGCUGAUCGAGGCCGGCGGCGCCGACGCGCACGCGGCGACGGCGACGUGGCGCGAGGGCUACACCAAGCCGUCCGGCCUCUACGCCGGCGACAGGUGGACCGGCCGGCCGCUGCACCUCGCGGCCAUGCACGGCAGCGUCGCCGGCGUGGAGCUGCUGCUCGCCCAACAGGGCGUCGAUGUCAAUGCGAGCACCGGCGUCGAGGUCGACAGUAACAAUUCCGGCCACGGCCCGACGGCGCUGCGCAUCGCGCUGGAUACGGGCCAUUUCUACGCCCGUUCUGGCCAGGAGCUGGAUGAUGAUCGGCUCCGUAUAGCGCAGAUGCUCAUCGAUCGCGGGGCGCGCGUCGAGGGCGCUGCGGAUCAUCUGGUGGAUGACGAUAUAUUGCGCUUCGAGAAGUACCCGGUUUUGUGGAAAACGUUACGAAGUAAGGCUACUUGA